AUGACCUACCGAACCACUCUGGACCUGCUUUUCAAAUCUAAGGGAUUUUUUCCUAACUACAAAUGCGAUAAUCAGAAGAAUCUCAUGGCCAUUAUUGGGGGAUUAGAUGCUUCUGCUUCUUCCUAUAUGGCAGAAAGUAUAAAUCUCUUCAAGAUUCCGCAGCUGACCUAUGGUUCCUUUGCCCAAGAAGAGCUCCAGGCUACUAAGUUAUCUUCACUUUAUUGCCUGGUCCCAAAAGAGGAACAUCAAUACAAUGGAAUUAUACAGCUUCUCCACUAUUUUGGAUGGACAUGGAUUGGAGUCUUCACUUUUGAUAAGAAGAAAGGAGAACAUUUCUUGCAGAAACUGAAUCCGUUGCUUUCCCAAAAUGGGAUCUGUUUAGCCUUCACACAAAAGAUUCCACAGCAAGCCCUUUUUCAGAACCUAUCAGAAUAUCUUGAUCUAAUCUCAACUAUUUUUAAUAGACUGAUAGAUCAGAAAGCCAAUGUUUUCCUUGUCUAUGGCGAACCAUUCACGAUUCUGUGGCUCAGAAUUGUUGUGUUUUUACGUGAUUAUGAAAAUAAAGAGAGUGCGUCAUUUAGGAGGGUUUGGAUCCUGAUGUUUCCAAUUGAUUUCACACUGACAGGACUUCAAAAGAGUUGGGAUCUCCAGUUGUACCAUGGGGCUCUUUCCUUUACUGUUCAUUCAAGAGACAUUCAAGGCUUCAAAGAAUUUCUUCAAGUCAUCAAACCUUCAACCCACAAAGAUGGAUUUCUUCAAGAAGUUUGGGAGCAAGUAUUCGACUGUUCCCUUUCAAAUGAAAAAUUACCCUCAAUGAUCAAUGAAACUUGCAGUGGAGAAGAGAAUUUGGAGAAUGUGCCUGCGACUCUGUUUGAGUUGCAGAUGACUGGCCAAAGCUACAGUAUUUACAAUGCUGUUUAUGCAGUGGCACAUUCUUUGCAUGAGGCAGUGAGAUCAAGAGCCCCACACAGAAAAAAACAAAGGUUUGAAUUUCAAGCUCUGAAGCCUUGGCAGCUCCAUUCAUUUCUUCAAGGCAUUUCUUUCAACAAUUCAGCUGGGGAGAGAGUGUUCCUAAAUGAGAAAGGGGAAGCAACAGGUGGAUUCGACAUCACCAACAUGAUCACUUUUCCAAACAGGUCCUUUCAGAGAGUUAGAGUUGGAAAAGUAGAUCCCAGUGCUCCAAAAGGGAAAGAAUUAUUCCUUGAUGAAGAUAUGAUUGUGUGGCACCCAGCUUUUAAUCAGGUACUUCCAAUUUCUCUGUGUAAUGACCAUUGCUCCCCUGGAUACUGGAAGAAAGGAAUGGAAGGAAAACAAUUCUGUUGCUACGACUGUGUUCCAUGUCCAGAAGGGAAGAUUUCAAAUCAAAAGGAUAUGGAUGACUGUUUUGAAUGUCCACAAGAUCAUUAUCCAAAUAAAGAAAAGAAAGGAUGCAUCCUGAAACUGCUGGUCUUUCUAACUUUUGAAGAAACCUUAGGAAUUGGUUUGGCCUCAUCUGCUCUUUGUUUCUUCUUCUUGACCUCUUGGGUACUUGGAACUUUUAUUAAGCACAGGGAUACCCCCAUUGUCAAAGCCAACAAUCGGUCCCUCACCUACACCCUCCUUGUCUCUCUUCUGCUCUGUUUUCUCUCGUCUUUGUUGUUCCUCAGUCAACCUGACAAGGUGACCUGCCUUCUCCGACAGCCGACUUUUGUCAUCACCUUCUCAGUGGCCAUUUCCAGUGUCCUGGCCAAAACCAUCACUGUGGUUGUAGCUUUCAUGGCCACUAAACCAGGAUCUCAGAUGAGGAAAUGGGUGGGGAAAAGAUUGGCCUUUUCUAUUGUCCUUUCAUGCUCUCUAUUACAAGUAUGUAUUUGUAUAAUUUGGUUGUCAACAUCUCCCCCGUUCCCUGAGUUGAACAUAUACUCAGAGGUCCAAGAAAUGAUUUUACAGUGCAAUGAGGGGUCAGCUUUCUUCUUCUACUGUGUCUUGGGCUACAUGGGUAUCUUAGCCAUCACCAGCUUUGUUGUGGCUUUUCUUGCCCGUAAAUUACCUGACAGCUUUAAUGAAGCCAAGUUCAUCACUUUCAGCAUGUUGGCCUUUUGCAGUGUGUGGAUCUCCUUCUUUCCAGCCUAUCUGAGCACAAAAGGCAAAGCCAUGGUAGCUGUGGAGGUCUUCUCCAUCUUGGCCUCCAGCGCUGCAUUACUAGGAUGCAUAUUCUUACCAAAGUGCUACAUCAUUGUUUUGCGGCCUGAACUCAACCACAGGGAGCAACUCAUAAAGAGAAAUUAGUACCCAAUGUUGUCUUUCUUCCUAGUAGAAAAUGCUGAAAAUAAAGAAUAAAAGGACCAUUUGCUAUUUACAGAAACCAUGUAGUUUUGAUUUUGGCCUAAGAAGAUAUAUGGAGGUUUAUUUUUAUUACGGUUUAUCAUGCAAGUUAGGUGUUCAGAGUGGAUUUGACAGGUUUUCUUCACACAUCAAAUCCUUUCCAAGGACCUGGGAUUGGCAGAUGUGGAUUUUUUUUGGGGGGGGUUGUUUUAUUUUUUUGUAGGGUGUGAGCUGUUCUGAAUAAAGCAUCUU